AUGGCAUCCACAGACGUCAUAUCUCAGGUGCUUGACUCUAUAACUUCUACAAAGUUGCAAGAGCUGUCAAAGUUGCGGGUCAACUUUGAACUUGGCAAAGCUGAGCUUCUGGAGUUGGUGGAUGCUGAGGAGCAACAAUCUAAGAGAGUAUUAUUACUCCUUGACAAGGGGGAGAAGCUGUGCACUCUAGAAGAUCUCGGAGGGGAUGUAGCCUUUAGUGUCGAGAGUAUCCGAUGCUUCAUCAAGCAAGCCCAACAUGAUCCGUCGGUCUCCUUGGGGCUGCAAAAGGAAUGGGAGGUGGAUUUGCGCCGACGCCUUGAUGUCAACUCUCUUCGUUUUGAGUACGCUGCAAUGUAUGGGAAUCUCGUCACAGAAUGGCUUGAGAACCCUCUAGUCAAUAAGAACGAUACGGAGAGUGCCUCGUACCAGGCAAUGGGCCGCGCUGAGAUGCACGAGCAACGUUCUACAUGGGAAUCCUACGUCUUUACGCCACUCGAAACUGAUAUUGUCGCAAUAAAUUCCUAUCUCGACCAGCUCUUCACGUCAUCGAAGUAUAUGGAAGAGCCUCUCAAGGUCCUGCGGGAAUCGACUCGGACUUUUGAGAAAUCUCUAUCGUCAGGAACACAAUUUGACGAGGAGACUUUGAAGUGGAUCAUCGGCGGCAUAUUAGGCAGCGACGGUAUCACCGACGCCAAACGCACCGCGCUCACGGAUUUCGCCAACAACAAAACAGUUCUCAAAGAGCUAGCCGAUGUGUUGAAUAUGAGGAUGCGCAACUUGGACACAUGGAGUUGGGGUGUGGAAGGUACUCCCGUCGAGCAACGACGGCAACUCAAUGGACGAUACCGGUUUUAUCACGACGAGGAUCUUUUGCAAGCCAUAUUCCUGAGAUACAUAGGUUGUUCCUGGUCGGCCCAUUUGAAGGCGGCAUUGACAACGUUUACCAAAUCCUCAAAAACAUGGAUACAUCCACAGCCCGCCAUGACCAAGGCUGAGAUAUCACAGUGGAGUGAUUGCGGUCAUUCACUACGCACAGCUGGCAUCGGACAAUCCGUUCAGAGUAAACGCGCAACGAUCUGGAGAGACGACGUCUUUCUUGAGCAACUUCAGUCACGUGCUGACGAAACUCCUCACGCUUACAACGAUGAUAACAGCGACGAUUGUUCAGAUGUGGAAACAAAAAGCCCUCAAAAAACUAUGCAAACGGUAUUGAGGCUGCUUGAAACGGAUAUUAUCAUGAAAACUCGGCUCGGCGAAGAUGUUACUGUUGUCCGCUCGGAUUUCAAGUGGUUUGGGCCAUCUCUUGCACACUCGUCCAUGUUCACCGUACUUCGGUACUAUGGCGUCAGUGAUCGAUGGAUUGGAUUCUUCAAAAGGGCCCUAGAGGCCCCAAUGCAGCUUAUCAAUGAUGGCCCUGACGCUCCAAUUCAGAUUCGUAAGAGAGGGACACCAAUAUCCGGCCCCUUAAGUGAUGUGCUUGGCGAGAGCGUUCUGUUCUGCUUGGAUUUCGAUUUUAAUCAGCGCACAAAUGGCGCCUUUCUCUGGCGCUUACAUGACGAUAUCUGGUUCUGGGGUGAUAAGAGCACUUGCGAGACGGGCUGGAAUGUUAUGACUGAGUUCUCGGAGCUAAUGGGUUUGGAUUUCGCCGAAGAUAAGACUGGCAGUGUUCAAAUCGCUGCUCAUGGUAGCCAGUUGACAUCAACGAGCUCCGUGCUCCCUGCUGGGGAUGUUGUGUGGGGAUUCCUCAAACUUGACGCCGAAUCCGGACGAUUUGUAAUCAACCAAAACCAAGUUGAUAAACAUAUCAAGGAACUCAGUCUUCAGCUGAGAUCCUGCAAGUGCGUCUUCGACUGGAUUCAGGCUUGGAAUAUCUACGCGACUCGGUUCUUCACUACCAACUUUGGGCGCCCUGCAAAUUGCUUUGGCCGCGCACAUGUCGAUGAGAUAUUGGAAACCUUCAAGAAGAUCCAGAAACAGCUCUUUACCGACGAAGGCAACAGCGUUACCUCUGUUAUCAAGAAGAUGCUUUCUGAUCGCUUCGGCAUUCAGGAUAUUCCUGAAGGCUAUAUUUACUUUCCAAGUUCUCUUGGUGGCUUGGAAGUGCAAAACCCUUUCAUCGGACCAAAUCUGGUUCGCGAAUCCCUGCCGUCUUCGCCACAUAUCUAUAUGGAUGAGUUUUUCCGAAACGAGGUAGACGCUUACCAACAUGCAAAAGAAACUUUCGAAUCUACGCCAAAGUCUGGUCACGAAUUGAAGGACAGUGUUGACUUCCUCACCUUUGAAGAAUACACUCGCUACCGCGAAUUUAAAUCUUCGGAGCUUGCUCAGGCUUUUGACUUGUUAAUGGAGGAGCCACAGCAACUUCAUCUCGAGGACUUUGAUGAAAACCCAUGCCGAUUUCUCCAGGACAAUGCAGACCCUUAUCGUUACUGGAUCAUGCAGUUGUAUGCUGCAGAAAUGGUUAGAAGGUUUGGCGGCCUAAAUGUUGUUCAGCCAGGGUUGUUGCCUAUGGGGAUGGUUACUAUGUUCAAGACGAGCCGGUUCCAAUGGAGGGAUUAA